UAUGAUCGGAAAUGUUGCUUUGCUACCAGUUAAAACUAAUCAUCGAGGACCAGCGCCAAUGUGGAGCGGCGAAGGAUUAGAUAUAAUAGACGAGGCACUACAGUACUUUAAAGCUAAUGUACUUUUCAAAAACUACGAAAUAAAGAGCCCUUCGGAUAGAACUCUUAUUUACAUUACAUUGUAUAUUACGGAAUGUCUGAAGAAGUUACAAAGAUGUGGCAGUAAAAAUGAAGGAAUGAAGGAGAUGCAUACUUUGGCCUUAAAAGAGUUCCCUUGCCCUGGCGAUAGAGGAUUUUGUCUAAAUGCUUAUUACAGCGCUCCAGCUAACAGGAAUGAAGCUGAUACAAUGAGAGCUUACUUUCUUCAGUUAAGACAAGAAACUGGUCUUAGGGUUUGCGAAAGAGUUUUUGAUAAUGACGCAGGAAAGCCCAGCAAAUGGUGGAUUUGUUUCGUCCGCAGAAAGUUUAUGGAUGUUUCUCUAUCUGCUCCUGGACAAUAG